AUGGGGGAUUUCAUGGACUAUAGACAAGGGGGCGGCCCACCACCACUAUUCAACGCAAACGAGGACCGUAAUGACUAUAUGGAGUCCCUUCCCGUAUUUCUGGAGACAGGAGAAUUUUCCGAUCUCAUCAUUGUCUGCGGCAACGAUCGAUAUUGCGUGCAUAGACUCAUCCUUGGCGGUCGAUCCAACUUCUUCAAGGUCGCUUGUAAUGGGAAUUUCAAGGAAUCGGAUGGCGAGAUCAACCUCCCAGACGAUGAUCCCGCUGCCGUACGAAAGAUGAUCGGUUAUCUAUACAAUAUCGACUAUAACCCCACAACAAAGCAGAUGCCGGACUACGAAGACGAUGUAGAGGCAGAGCUCUCUGAUACAGAAUACGAUGCUGAGACACGCUCAAAGAGCUGGAAUGGGGAGGAUGGCAGGUCGGUGAACCUCCUCUAUCUCCACAGCUCAGCCUGCAUGCAAAGGUUUAUGCGCUAG